AUGUUUUCCUUUGGAGGAUCUGGUGCAGGAGGUGCAACAGGUGCAGCAGGCACAGGUACUAGUAUGUUUGGAAAUCAACAACAACAACAACCACAGCAACAACAGCAACAACCACAGCAAGCUGGGUUCGGGUUUGGACAGUCAGGUGCAGGACCUGCAAUGGGUGGUAGUACUGGUGGAUCUCUGUUCGGUGGAGCUCAACCAACUUCUGGUGGGGCUGCACCAAGUGGUGGUUUAUUUGGUAAUACACAACAGCAACAGAAUACAUCUGCUCCAGGUGGUGGAUUAUUUGGCCAAGCUUCAAAUACUCAAGCGGCUCCAGGUGGGUUAUUUGGAGGUGCACAACAGAAUACUGCAAGUGUUGGGACUACUGGGGGGAUGUUCGGCAGCAAUCAACAGAAUCCUGCUAUUUCUACAAACACAGGUGGUGGAUUAUUUGGAAGCAAGCAAACUCUAGGUGGACCUGCUCAAGUAGGUACUUCUGCUCCAGGUGGAGGUCUUUUUGGUAAUACACAACAAAGUACUGCAGCCCCAGGUGGCGGUCUAUUUGGCCAAAAGCCAGCAGGCCAAUCAACCGGUGGUUUAUUCGGCGGCACUACAACUCAGACUCAAUCUACUCUAGGCGGAGCCAGCUCUUUAUUCAGUAAACCAGUCGGAGGAGCUCCAACUACAGGUGCAACUGGUGGUCUGUUCGGAAACACACAACAAAGCACAUUAGGAUCUACUGGAACUACAGGUGGGUUAUUUGGUAAUAAGCCAGCUGCUCCUGUAACUGGAUCUUUAUUUGGAAAUGCAGGUGCCACUGUACAACAACCCCAACCAGUUGCUGCAAUGGGCGGCAGUGGUACCGGUACUCUGUUUGGUGCUAAUACUAUCAAAUCAACGCAACCCUCUUUUGCUUGGUCUCAACCGCAACAAAGCAGUCAACCAAUGUUUCAACAGCAACAACAACAACAAAUCCAACAACAGUUACAGCAGCAACAGCUGCUACAACAGCAACAGCAACAUUUCCAGCAUUCGUAUUAUCCACAACAAAUCCAAGAACAAGUUAUUAAAUGUAAAGAGUCAUGGGAUCCAACAUCCAACAAGACUAAAUUAAAAACAUUUGUAUAUAAUAAAGUGAACGAAACAGAGGCCAUAUUAUACAAUAAGCCAGCUAAUGUAUCACAGGAUGAAUGGGAUUCCGCGGUUGAGAAGAAACCAUCGAAAGAUGUCAUUCCAGUUGAAGUCAUGGGUUUUGAAGGAUUGAAUCAACGUAAUCAGGUACAAAGAGAGAAUAUUGCACAAGCUCGUGUGAUAUUCAAUCAGUUAUUAGAAAAAUCCACUCAACUACAACAAAAGCAUGAAUUAGAUACAUCAGCCCGUAUUCUAAAAGCACAAUCCAGAAACGCUGAAAUUGAGAGAAGGAUACUAAAUCUAGGGGUACAAAUAGCUAUUUUAAAGAGCAGAGGACUACCAUUAAACGUAACUGAAGAAAAGAUGUGGGAUCAAUUCCAAAAAUUGUUAAAGCGUAGUGAAGAUCCAGCAGGCCUAGGUAAGACUAACGAAUUAUGGGCACGUUUAGCAGUCUUAAAGGAUAGAGCUAAACAUAUAUCUGAACAGUUAGAUAGUACUUUAGUGAUUAUGAGUGAAAAUGGAGCAAGCAAGACAGAUGACAGCAGAGCUAGCGGUGAAGCAGAGAAUAGGAUUGACAAAAUAGCUGAAAUUUUAAGUAACCAGCAACGCGGUAUAUCAUACUUGAAUGAUGUUUUGAUUAAAGAUCAUGCAGCUAUUGACAAAGUAAUUAAAAAAUAA